UAGUCCACAUCUCUUUUUCUUCUUCUCUCUUUCUUUCUCCAUGAAUUUCCAAGAUCUUCAGCUAAAAACACGAAAGAAAAAUGCUACAAAAAUUGCCCCCUUCGUCGCCCUCGCUAUCUUAUUCACUCUCAUCCCUAUAUAUUAUCCCUCUAUGCACCAUAAAAAACUCUCACAAAUUCUUUCUUCUUCUUUGGUACCACUUCCAGAUUAUCACACUCUACACCAAUCCAGCAAUAGUAUUACAACACAACAAAUUAACGUGACCAAAAGUAGUGAUGAACAUGUCUCCGUGGCGGCGCCUCAUGAAGCAAGAAUUAUUAUUAAUGGUACUGAUGAUGAAAAAUGCGAUUUAUUUUUAGGGGAAUGGGUAGAAAAUCAAGAAGGUCCAUAUUAUACAAAUAUGACAUGUUUUGCAAUUCAAGAACAUCAAAAUUGCAUGAAAUAUGGGAGGCCUGAUACUGAUUUCUUGAAGUGGAAAUGGAAACCAGAUGGAUGUGAGCUACCAAUAUUUGAUGCACAUCAAUUUCUUGAAAUUGUUAGGGGAAAAUCAUUAGCCUUUGUUGGAGAUUCAGUUGCAAGAAAUCAUAUGCAAUCGUUGAUAUGCCUAUUGUCUAAGGUUAUGUACCCUAUAGAUGUUUCAAAUUCGACAGAUCAAGAAAAUAGACGUUGGGAAUAUAGAGAUUACAACUUCAACAUGUCCAUAUUUUGGACACCCUAUCUGGUAAAAGCAAAUAAAACCGAACCCAACAAUAUAUAUCAACCUUUCAAUUUAUAUCUCGAUGAACUUGAUGAAUCUUGGACCACUAAAAUCCAGGAUUUUGAUUAUGUGAUCAUCUCAGCUGGCCAUUGGUUUUUCCGUCCAACUAUGUUUUACUUAAACCACACCCUCGUUGGCUGCCUUUUCUGUUCACAACCCAAUGUUAGCCAAAUGACAUCCUUUUUCAGCUACCAGAGGGCUUUUCAAACGGCUUUUCGGGCCAUUAAUAGUUUGGAAAAUUAUAAGGGUGUGACAUUUUUGAGGACAUUUGCACCAUCUCAUUUUGAAGACGGGGUUUGGGAUAAAGGAGGAGAUUGUGUUAGGACGAUCCCAUUUAAGAGGAAAGAAAAGAUGUUGGAGGAUUAUAACUUAGAGUUUUAUAAGAUUCAAUUGCAAGAACUAACGGUUGCUCAAAAACAAGGGAAAAACAGAGAUUUGAAAUUUAGGCUAUUUGAUGCAACACAACCAAUGUUGUUGAGACCAGAUGGCCAUCCGAGUAAAUAUGGGCAUUGGCCCAAUCCAAACGUUACAUUAUCAAAUGAUUGUGUCCAUUGGUGUUUGCCAGGCCCAAUUGAUGUGUGGAAUGAUUUCUUACUUGAAUUGAUGAAAAGGGAGGAAAUUGAUAGAUAAUUUGCGUAAGCAUUUUAUUAUCUUUUGAUUUGCCAUUUUUCUAAAGGAAAACCUUUUUUUAAAUAGAAUUAUUAUUCAAAGUUGUUA